AUGGGUAAAUGCGCACAUCGCAGGCUGAACUAUAGCGGCGACUCCAACUACGACCCAAGUGUGAAGGCGGCUAUUUCUGCGCCUCUUUCGGAGAUCAGGGGGCUCUGGACUGCUGCGGAAAACUUACAUUUGCUGUGCAAGUGAUGCUCAGCAUGCGAACAGACUCUGAAGCUGCAUGAACUACGACUGAAAGCAGUUUAGCGCGGUAUUUAACCAUCCCCUUUCCCCCCCAGUGGAUCCCUCCUCUCCUCCGUAAGGAUGGGUUCUGUGAUGUUGGACUGGAGGUUAUCUUGUCUUCUUCUGCAGGCAGCUGCUUUGCUGCUGCUCAGCAAGGGGGAGAGGAUGUGCCCUGCGAGUUGCCGCUGUGAAGGAAAGAUUGUUUAUUGCGAGUCUGGGAUUUUCCAAGGCGUUCCAGAAAACAUCACAACGGGAUGCCAGGGUCUGUCUCUGCGUUACAACAACCUGCUGGUUCUGUCGCCGUACCAGUUUGCCCAUCUCAAUCAGCUCAUCUGGCUUUAUUUGGACCACAACUCCAUUAAUGAUAUAGACGCUUUAGCCUUCCAUGGUGUGCGCAGACUCAAGGAACUGAUCCUCAGCUCCAACAAAAUAAGCCAUCUGCACAAUAAAACAUUUAGUGCCAUACCAAAUCUGAGAAACCUGGACUUAUCCUACAACCAGCUGCAGUCCCUACAGCCUGGUCAUUUGUACGGCCUGCGCAAGUUACAGAAUCUCCACCUUCGAUCUAAUGGACUGAAACACAUCCUCAUUCGCACUUUUCUGGAGUGUCGCAGCUUGGAGUUUCUGGACUUGGGUUAUAAUCGCUUGCGAAGUCUCACCCGCACCACGUUCUUAGGGCUGUUCAAGUUGAAAGAGCUUCACCUAGAGCACAAUCAGUUUUCCAGGAUUAAUUUCGUUAUUUUCCCACGCCUCACGAACCUCCAGGCUCUUUAUUUGCAAUGGAACCGCAUACGUUCCAUCAAUCAGGGCGUGCCGUGGACCUGGCAGAAACUUCAGAAGUUGGACCUUUCAGGGAAUGAAAUCCAGAUCUUGGACCCAGCUGUUUUCCAAAGUAUGCCAAACUUACAAAUACUGAAUCUCGAAUCAAACAAGCUGGGCAGUGUGCCUAUGGAAGCUGUGGCAGCAUGGACCUCCCUGACCACCAUCAGCCUGGCAGGUAACGCCUGGGACUGCAGCCCCAGCAUCUGCCCCCUAAUGGGAUGGCUGAGGACCUUUAGAGACGCCAAAGACAUCAGCAUGAUAUGCAGCAGCCCCAAGUCUGUGCAGGGCGAAAGAGUAGUGGAUGUAGUGAGGAACCACUCGACAUGCGUGGACAUGUCAAACGUGUUUUCUACCACAGCUCUCAUCUUUAUGAGUUCUACCCAAAUUGUGAACGUCACAACUCCUCCAACUCUCUUUGGUGUUACAGACCUGACUAAUACUGAGUCAGCUCCACAGAGAUCUACCACUUCACCUGUCCGUGCUGGUGGGACAAACAGAAAGACAAUAGCGUCCACAACCACGAGCUCUACACCAAACACCUCUCCAGAAACCCCUACAUCAUUUGUCCCGGAGCUACCGUUUGAACAUAUGGCAUUCCAUAAAAUCAUUGCAGGCAGCGUAGCCCUGUUCCUGUCAUUGUCAUUGAUCCUUCUGGUUAUUUAUGUCUCAUGGAGGCGCUACCCCAACACCAUGAGGCAACUGCAGCAGCACUCAGUCAACCAUAAGCGCAGGAAAAAGGCCCGUAAGCAGGAGCAGGAUCUUAACUCUCAGUUGCAAGAGUACUAUUUGAGCUAUCAUUCCAACUCAGAGACAAUGGACGCCUUGGUCAAUGAGACGAGGCCGUGCACAUGCACUAUAUCAGGAUCCAUAGAAUGUGAGGUCUGAGCUGCCCACUGCACCUCAAGAGACAUGAUGAGCAAUUGCUAAGCAGAUGCAAAUGGUUUUUCCGUGAGAUUAAGUGGUUUUAUCUCUAAUAUGAGAUGAUAGAUUGUGCGGCACUGGAGAAAAUACUGGGGGGCAUAGUACAAUAUAAUUAUGUGCACAGAAAAGAAGAUCAGAAGGGAGGGAUAUAUUUGGAGAGAGCUAAUUAUCACCCUGACUGACACGAGAACAGUGGCGGGGUCAGCCAGGUUGGCUGUGUAUGAUCCAACAUAAUGACUGGAUCUCAGCUACAGUAAGUCAGCUCCGUAGAGAGACCGGCCUCAUACUUAGUCUGAGUAUAGCGUCAUAGAACACAUGAGCCAACAAAGCCACUUUUUACAUGCUAACUUUGUUUUUGUUUUUUUGUUUUUUGUUCUGUAGCUUGUGAAGCGUUUAGGAUGUACGAGUGCAACUUUGAGUGUGUGUAUGGGUGUGUUGCUGGGAGGAGCUGAAGAUCUCUUGGUUUACUGACAUCUGGUGGGAAGAGUUGCAACUUUGCUCCUUAUCUUCAAAGACACUCCUCGUCCCGUUAAAUUAUUUUGCAUAUGGCACACGAGUGUAGCUAUUAUCAGUAGCACUACCACAAUAAGUGGGGGAACAAUCACAGAGAGAGCAUCUUGCCCUGAGAAAAUUUGCAUGAAUCCAUUCUCUUUACCUAAGAUGCACCUCUUUCCUAUAAAUGAUCGGUUCUGUCUGACAAAAGAAAAAAAAACAAAACAAAACAAUGAGUCUAAUCUCAGGACUGAUAUAUUCCAAGUUGUACAAAUCUGUCAGGUCCAGUGAAGGCCUUGUGUGUGUGUAUGUUGAUUUUCAUAAUUUUGUAUUGAUUAUUCUUGUCAUCAUUAUGCAUUGUUGGUGUAAAGACAUAAAAUAUGGGUACUAGGCAUUCUGUGUGAAAAUAUAUAAUUAAAAAAACAACAGGCUGAGAAUUAAUGUGUGCGAGGAUAACGCUGAUGACUGGUGCUGCACGUGGAGAAAAGGGAAUCUCCUUAAAUCCAUGCAUUGUGCUGCGGAUGUUACACAUUUCUCGGGAUUUGCUGCUGCACGUGAGGGGAGAUAUUUUCACGUACCUUGAAGUCUGGUUGUCUUCUCCUCAGUCUUCUUCUGGCGCGGUGCUGGAAACAGUAUUGAUCGCACCUCAAACUCAGGGUAGGGAGGCUGUGUCAGUCUCUGGGUCGUAACUAUGGCCCAAAUAGAAAUGGGCUGUUUUAUAUAUGCUCCGUUUUCUGAGCGUAUAAAACAGCCACUCUUAGCUUGUCCAUGAGACAAAAAACAAACAAACAAAAAAAAAACAUUCCAGUCCCUGAAACCAGAAACAGAUUAAGAGCCUCUGCUGUAUAUAAGCAUGGAUUCUGUGUCAGUUUGGAAAUACUGUUAAUGAAAGGGUAUGGCGCUGAGGGACAGUAGGUGUCACAGGUCAAGGCAGGUAUGCUUUUACUGAGAUGUGCA